AUGAAGAUGGCUCGUUUUCAGCUCUUUUACCUCGCACUCAUCCCACUCAUCUCUGGAUAUGCUCGAUCUCAAGAGAUUACCGCCAAUGACUUGACAAAGUUGCCUCAGUUUCCCCACAAGCCGAGGACGUUCAUUCUGACGGAUAUCCUCAAUGAGCCCGACGACCAAAUGUCAAUGGUACGCUAUCUGACAUACUCAAAUGAGUUCGAUACCAAGGGACUUGUUGCUACAACCUCCAUCAGCUUGCCAAACGAAACGCACCCAGAGGCUAUCGAGCUUAUUAUAAGAGCCUAUGGUGAAGUUGUUCACAAUCUGAACAAGCAUGUGCACCCCAACGAAACGUUCAGUCCUGCCGAAGAUCUUUUGAAACUCGUGAGAUCAGGCCCAGUGGUUUACGGGCGACAAGCUCUCAACGAGUCGCUAAGCGACGGUGCCAAAUUGCUGGUCGAAACGCUUGAGGCGGGUUCAGAUCCGUUAUUCGUCUCCAUUUGGGGCGGAGCCAACACCCUGGCGCAGGCGCUGCAGUUCAUCAGCACAGAGCUCCGCGUCUACUCAAUCUCGGAUCAGGACGAUGCUGGGCCGUGGAUCCGGGUCAAAUGGCCAGAUAUAACUUAUAUCGUCAAUGUUCACGGCUUCAGAGAAUACGAAUCGUCCACGUGGGCCGGCAUAGGCAGCGCAGACAACGGUGCUGCUAACGUGACGAAAGUACAAGACGAUUGGCUGACGCCGAAUAUCCGGAUCGGUCCUCUGGGUGAGGUGUAUCCCAAGGUUCUCUAUGGAAUGGAGGGAGACUCGCCCAGCUUCAUGCGGCUUAUCCAAAACGGCCUUAAUAGUGCUAGGCAUCCGGACUGGGGUAGCUGGGGUGGCCGGUACACCCGAGUUACGGAGGCCGAAGACAUCAACGAAUACGGAACAUCCAUGGACACGGCCGUUUCUGUGACAGGCGUGGAUCACCAGAGCCAGUAUGCCACUGUUUGGCGAUGGCGCGACGCCUACCAAGACGACUUUGCGGCACGAAUGCAGUGGAGCGUUACGGACAAAUUCGAAGACGCAACUCAUCCACCCAAUAUCAAUAUCAACGGCUCCAUUAGUCUCGAUGCCAUGGAGAUAAUUGUCCCGUACAAAGGUUCUGUUGUGCUGGAUGCCAGCAAGACCUACGAUUCUGAUCACCCAGAAGACUCGACUCACCUCGAGUUCGAAAGGUAUGCUUACACCACAGCCUCUAUUGCUUGGGCCAGUGCAUAUCUCGAGGGACUCAUUGAGAUACGUCCGCUUUCACCGCCAACCGGUACAGAUGGGUAUCUUGAGGUUAAUAAUGCGGGAUUCAGGAACGUCACGAUUGGUCCGAGGGUCCAGAUCGUGAACAAUGUGCCGGGCAUCUCGCAACUUGAGGGAAGAUCUUGGCAUGUUGUACUCCAGGUGAACAACAACAAGGGUCAGCAUCCGGUCCGUAGGUACAAGCGAAUCUUAAUUAAGGAUUUUGAGGGGUAA